AUGACAGAUUCAGAGGUUCUACGGAAAGAUCAACUCGAAAUCCGUCUACAUAAUGAGAAAAAAUUGAUCCAUGAGGGUGCUCUCAAGGAUGAGAACCCACUCGAUUUCAGUGAAGGGUUCCGGCAACUCUGUGAUGCUUGUCGAAAAGGCGAUUUGAAGGUCUGCCAGGAGAAGAUUUCGGAGGGAGUUAAUAUCAAUGCGCGGGAUAGCUAUGACUAUACACCUCUUAUUCUGGCAAGUCUAUGCGGGCAUUUCGAAGUCGUACAGCUUCUUUUAGAAUCCGGCGCAUUGUGUGAGCGUGACACAUUUCAAGGUGAACGUUGUCUCUAUAAUGCCCUGAACGACCGUAUACGAAACCUGCUUCUCAAAUAUGACUACUCGAAGUCCACUGACCCUCUCCAGCCAUUUGCUGCACAUAUAUCGUCUCUUUUGACGCGAGAUCAUCCGGUAACCUCGGACAUUAUCGUUACCGAUGGAGAGGAAUCGUUAUUCCUCCACAAGUUUAUUCUUUCGGCGCGUUCGCCAUACUUUCAGAAAAAGCUUGCCGCAUCUCCGGAUUCCACGUCUUGGAAAAUUCCUAAUACUCUUCCACCAGCAGCUUUUGCUUCUGCCAUCCGAUAUAUUUACCUCGGCGACUCCCCGAGAGAGUUACGCGCCGGCCCGGGGACCGGUUUCACAGAGUCUGAGGUCGUGGCUGGCGUUGAUCGAAUUGGAAGACACCUCGAGAUUCCUAAUCUACUAGUUAUUGUGCUGGAGAGUGGCGACAGACGGCUGGCUCGGCAGAGACGAGCAGACGAAUUAGCUCGGGGAAGAGAUCAGUUCGAAUCUUGGUUUGAAAGCAACGUCCUUGGCCAUAAGGUUGUGGUCGAAACAGCAAAAGCCAACGAUGUCAAGUGGGAUCGUAGCAAUGGAAUAUUUGCAGACGUCCUUCUUCGAGCCGAUGAGCUUUCUGAUGGUGCUGAUCCAGCCGUGGAUGCGCAAGAAGAAAAUCGCUCUAGUUAUAUCCCUGUGGGCCCUGGAGGGGGAGAUUCAACAGAACAGAACAACUAUACUGCUUCUAAGCGAAUGUCUGUUUUAUAUCCCGUUCAUCGGGCGAUGCUCUUACGAUCCGAAUUCUUCGGUGCUAUGUUUUCAUCGAUAUUCAAAGAAGCUCAAGUCACAGAACAUCUCAACAUAAUAAGCGUCGACUGUUCACCAGAAGUGCUUGAAAUAGUCCUGAGGUUCUUCUAUACCGAAAAGGCCGAUUUCCCGCUAGAUAUAGCGACCAAAGCUGCCGUGGUCAUCAGCAGUCUUGGUAGCGCCAACAUGUCACAAGCACAAGCAUCCAAAACUCGUCCGGCCCGCCAGAACGGACAUAGAUUCGAUGAAAAAUGCGACGAAGAUGAAAUUGAUAUAUACGAAAUCAUUCGAGCCGGCUGGCUCACUCGGGUACAGAGACUCGAAGAAUUUGGAGCCAGAUACCUCGCUUAUCGAUUAGAGGAGCAUAUUGACACCGAAGAAUUUGCAGAACUAAUAAAGGAGUCUGCAGGACGAAUCCAAAAACGUCAGGAAACAGAUUCGAUUGAGUUACUCGAUGACAUCCGGUUUUAUCUGAGCGAGCGUUUCCGCCUUCGGUUUGACGACGCAGGUCUGGCGGAGAUGAUAGAGGAGAAUCAACCUCAGAAUUGGUUCCCUCCCGACGCACAGCAGACCAGCGAUUCGACCACUGUGACAGAUGAUAUGGCCAAAUUGAAUAUCUCUCCGGAACGACAUGCCAAACCGGAGGAGGUUGUGCCAGGUGAUCACCCUAAUCAAGCUGACGAUCAUGUUGCGAUUAUAAGGACUCUGGACGGCGCCGUUGUCGAAGAUGAGUUUGAUCAAGAUGCGAUGAAUUAUAAUAUCCUGUUGGAUAAAUUGGAUCGACUGUUGGAACGACUCAACUUGGAGGCCUAG